AUGUCACGGAAACCUCCCAAUGCAGGCUCCGGAUCAAUUAAAGAUAUAGAAAAGAAGAGGAAAGAGGUUCUCAAACCAAUUCUAGAAAACCCGUUCACCAAGGGCUUCGAAUGGCCAGAGCCAAAUCCACAAACCCAAGAGAAGAUAAUGGAUUUUCUCACGCAUCUCCUCGCCCGAUACGGCCAGUAUUGUGCUAUGGUCAAGGGAGGUUCCAGCUCCAAUGUUCCAGUUCCUUCGGAGGCUCUGAAGAUCACUGUAGGGUUCAAUUCGACGGUGAAACGACUCGAGGCACAAGCGGCACCCAAUCGGGAAAAGCUACUAGGCAAGAAGGUGUCGCGAAAGGCAAAGAGUGGAAAUUCAUCAAACGAAGCGCCAGCUCUGUCUGGGCUGUCUGAGCCGGAGUACGUGGGUUUCGUCUUUGUAGCCAAAGCAGACAUUACUACGGCGCUUCUCACUGACUGUUUCCCACAAUUGGCUCUAGCGGCGUCUCAACCUGGUAGAUCGCGUGUGAAGCUAGUUGCGCUUCCUCGUGGUGCAGCGUCGAGGCUUCUGAAAGUGCUUCACACGGAGAAUGCCACUAUAGUUUCUCUUUGUGAAGGGUGGGCAGAUGCUGAGCCGCUUUACACGCUAUUGCGUGACGAAAUUCCAGAUGUGCAAGUUCCAUGGCUAGAGCAGCUCUUUGAUCUGGACGCAAGUGACUACCAUUCGUUGAAUGUUGCGUUUUUGCGCACAACGGUGCCGGUUGGAAAGCUGAACAAGCAGAAACAAAAGGGCGGUCAAAGUACCGAGAAAAAGGUGGGCAAUGUUAAUGAAGGGAAGAAGAAAACUGCAGCCCAGACCAAGGUUGGUCUGGAUCCCAAGGGCGGCAAGGGACAGAAGAGAAAAGCCGAGAUGGAGAGCAGCGCAGACAGUGGAAUGUCAACAUCGAAAAAGGCGAAGCCCGACGGCAAGCCAAGUGCUACUUAG